AUGACGACUGCCCGUUGCCCUCUUCAGGGCUUCUUGUUCUGUCCUAGGUUUAGCAGCAGAAUCACUACCCAUAGAUGUUCGAAGCCAUUCUUUGAUCGAUUGCGAACUCAGCCUAUAUUACUUCCUAGGCUAUUUCAAAUUCCUUUCAUUGUUUCCACGCCGACCUUAACGCAGCCUAAUUAUCCAUUACAAAUUUCAUUUUCCAGAUUCAUUAAUAAUAGCACAGCGACAUGCGAUUGCACCCUUUUUCUAGCUUCGCUUUUACAUCGGCACAACUUGUUGAAGAAGCAAAUUGAGCGAUGUUAUUCGGAAGACGCAACCUCCCGCGUGCCAAUGCGCCCUGCACCCCACAGUCUGGGGAAGAGACUCUUACAGACGAGACUUUCCUCUUGUUUAGACGGUAUUCGAAGCCUAUUUCCGCAAUUUUUUCUGUUACUCACCAUCUCGCUGUUUUCUCUGCAUACGGACUUUUUGAUGCGCAGCCAAGCUUUCUACGCCAAGACUCACGAAACUGAACCGCGACGCCAACAAAACAUCGGCGCUCGAUCUCCAAACAUACCAAAACAUCCAACUUCUGUUUUGUUUGAUUUUAGCGAUAAGAUCCCCCGGACGGUCCACAUAACCCAACCUGCGACAUGUUCGACAGAAGGCUCCUACAUCACAAAAACUGCCAAGCGGUCACGGAAUUUGCAUUUCCCACUUCACAUCCUAGAUGUCAAGUUUGCAAUGUGUAUGGGAGAGAGCCAGGGAAGGCGUACAAAUGCACUAGAAGCCCGCGAUAACACCAACUUCACAUUCGGCGAGCAGGCUUCACUCGAAUAA